AUGGCGCACGGCGGGCCACGCGUGUCCGCCGCCGCGGCUCCGCGCGGGGCUGCCCGGCUGCCGGCGCUGCUGCUGCUGCUGCUGCUGCUGCCGCUGCUGGGCGCCGCCGCCGCGCCGCGCUGCGCGGAGCCCUGCGGCCACCCGCGCCCCGCAGCCCUGACCCGCGGGGCGCGCAGCCCGCCCGAGCCGCGGCCGGGCAGCGGGGAGGCGGCGGGGAGCGGCCGCUCCAGGAGAGCAUCCUCGGCGGCCGGCCGGGAGCAGGUCUCCCUCAUCAGCACCUCCUUCGUGCUGAAAGGGGACGCGUCUCACAACCAGGCGAUGGUGCACUGGACGGGCGAGAACAGCAGCGUGAUCCUGAUCCUUACCAAGUAUUAUCAUACUGACAUGGGGAAAGUACUGGAGAGCUCUUUGUGGAGGUCUUCAGAUUUUGGGACAUUAUACACAAAGUUGAAUCUACAGCCUGGGAUUGCCACUGUUAUUGACAAUUUCUACAUUUGUCCCACCAACAAAAAAAAGAUAAUUCUUGUAAGUUCUUCCCACAAUGACCGUGACCAAAGCCUUUUCAUAAGCACAGAUGAAGGAGCCACUUUCCAGAAACAACCCAUUACUUUCUUUGUGGAAACCCUCCUUUUUCACCCAAAAGAAGAAGAUAAAAUACUUGCUUACACCAAGGAAGGCAAGGUCUAUGUAUCUACUGACUUGGGGAAAAAAUGGAUCCUUCUGCAGGAACGAGUUUCUAAAGAUCAUAUUUUUUGGGCCGUUGCUGGAGUUGACGCAGACCCUGAUUUAGUUCAUAUGGAAAUCCAGGACCCCAGUGGAGGUUAUCGCUACAUCACUUGCCAGAUUCAAAAUUGUUCUGAUAAGACAAUGACAGUCCCAUUUGCUGGUAGUACUGAUCGGGAUUCCCUGACUGUGCAGGAUGACUACAUAUUUCUGCAGACAACAUCAGCAAAUCGGACCAGGUAUUACGUGUCUUACCGUCGAAAUGGCUUUGUACAAAUGAAGUUGCCAAAAUAUGCGUUGCCAAAAGAUUUACAAAUAAUCAGUACAGAUGAAAACCAAGUUUUUGUGGCUGUUCAGGAGUGGUACCAGACAGACACAUACAACCUGUACCAGUCUGACCCACAAGGUGUUUACUACUCUAUCCUGCUGGAGAACGUCCGGAGCACAAAGCAGCCAGAAGAGAAUGUCCUGAUAGAUAUCCUGGAGGUCAGAGGUGUAAAAGGAGUUUUUCUGGCCAACCAGAAAAUUAAUGGGAAAGUUACCACUCUGAUAACCUACAACAAAGGCCGUGACUGGGAUUUUCUAAACCCUCCAGACAUUGAUAUGAAUGGCAAACCAACAAACUGCAAACCUCCUGAUUGCUACCUUCACCUCCAUCUCCGGUGGGCAGACAAUCCCUAUGUGUCGGGAACAGUCCACACAAAGGACACCGCACCAGGGCUCAUAAUGGGGGCAGGUAACCUGGGGUCCCAGCUGGUCGAGUAUAAAGAGGAGAUGUACAUAACGUCUGACUGUGGGAACACAUGGCGUCAGGUCUUUGAAGAAGAGCACCAUAUCUUGUACUUGGACCAUGGUGGAGUUAUUGUGGCUAUCAAAGACACCUCUAUCCCUCUGAAAAUACUCAAGUUCAGCAUAGAUGAAGGCCAGACUUGGAGCACACAUAAUUUUACCAGCACUUCAGUCUUUGUAGAUGGAUUACUUAGUGAACCUGGAGAUGAGACACUGGUCAUGACAGUCUUUGGACAUAUUAGCUACCGUUCGGACUGGGAACUGGUGAAGGUGGACUUCAGACCAUCCUUCCCCAGGGAGUGCACUGAUGAUGACUACGAGUCUUGGGAGCUCACAAAUCUGCAGGGUGAUCGUUGCAUCAUGGGCCAGCAGAGAAGCUUUCGAAAGAGGAAGAUUUCAUCAUGGUGCAUUAAAGGGAGAAGUUUCACAUCAGCUCUCACAUCCAAAGUUUGUGAAUGUGUGAACUCUGAUUUCUUAUGUGAUUAUGGAUUUGAGCGCUCUGCACUUCUGAAGUCGGAGUCUAACAAAUGCUUUGCUGACUUUUGGUUUAACCCAGAAGCACCGCCUGAAGACUGUGUGCUGGGGCAGGCAUACACCAGCAGCACUGGGUAUAGGAAAGUUGUCUCUAAUGUGUGUGAAGGUGGCGUAGACCUGCAGCAGAAUGUAGCACAGCAUAUGUGUCCAUUGAUUGCUCCCAAGGGACUUCAGAUCAGCAUCAGAGAAGAAAGCCUGGCUGUUAGGCCCGGGGAAGACAUCACCUUCAUUGUCAGACAAGAGCAGGGUGAUAUAUUGAGUACCAAAUACCAGGUAGAUCUUGGAGAUGGCUUUAAGGCGAUAUAUGUGAACCUUACGAUGACUGGAGAACCCAUCCGUCACCGCUAUGAGAAUCCUGGGAUUUACCGUGUGUCAGUGAAGGCUGAGAAUGUGGCUGGGCACGAUGAGGCUGUGGUGUUCAUCCAAGUCAACUCUCCACUCCAGGCUUUAAACUUAGAAGUGGUUCCAGUCAUUGGAAGAAACCAGGAGGUGAACCUGACAGCCAUCAUACUGCCUAAGAACCCUAACUUGACAGUUUUCUACUGGUGGAUAGGAAACAAUCUUCAGCCACUGCUUACAUUGGAGAGUUUUCUGGUGACCAAGUUUGCUGAGACAGGUGAUGUCCGAGUUACAGUGCAAGUUUCCUGUGGGAGCUCCAUGCUUCAGGACUCAAAAGUUGUCCAUGUUUUUGAUCAUUUUCACGUUCUUCCAUUGAAGUUUACUAAACACCUGGACAUGUACAACCCCGACAUACCAGAGUGGAGAGAAGACAUAGGGCGGGUAGUAACACGACUUCUUGCAAAGGAAACCAAUAUACCUGAAGAAACACUCAUGACAGUUGUGAAACCUGGUCUGCCCACAGCUGCUGACUUGCAUGUGCUACUACCAGCCAACCAACCGAAAAAGAAGAGAAGUUUAACUAGUGAUAAGAGAAUAGCAGCUAUAAAGCAGGCCCUGAAUGCACACAACAUCAGUUUCUUUCUGAGGGGAGGAUACUGGGUCUUGGUGACUUUAGCUGACUCCAGUUCAGAUUCUCAGAGGACUGGAGGAGGCAGUGGCUACUGGGCUAUUGUGGUUCUCUUUGUUAUCUGUCUAGUUGCAGUCGGGGCUUUCAUCCUCUACAAGUUCAAAAGGAAACUGCCAGGCAGAAAUGUCUACGCCCAGAUGCACAAUGAAAAAGAGCAGGAGAUGACAAGCCCUGUUAAUCACAGUGAGGACACCCAGAACAUCAUCCAGGGUGAGGAGUUUAUUGAUGAUGAUCUGGACUCUCAAACACUAGGUAACGCAAGAGUGACUCCUUCUGGGAGAAGUGGCAGCUUGAACAGCUACAGAGUUCCCUUAUUGCUGAUGCCGGUCAGUGUCCAGUCCCAGGCAAUCACUCAGGCGUGGUUUUGAGCAUCAACUCCAGAGAGAUGCACAGUUACCUGGUUAGCUGAUAUUUGCAGCUGAACACAAAACCCGAAAGACUCUUCUCUGUACCAUUUUAUUUUUCCCUGAUGAUGUCACAAAAUUGCAAAUAUGGCUGUAAAUGCUGAUGGAGAGGAGGUUUCAUACCAGUCCUGUGGAAAAAAGCAUCCAUCUUCAGUUACCAAGAGUGAAGGAUAUGUCGUGUUCACUCUAUGGCCUGGGAACUCAUCACGAUUGAAACUCAAACUAUGGUAGCAAAUUUGUAGUCCUAGGUACCUUCAAUGCCACCUUAUUUCUUUUCUGUCUAUGCUCUAUUUCUUUAUGUUUAUUUUUAGAAUGAUUGACUGUAACUUUUUAAUUAUAUUUUUAAUUGAGGUAUUCAGCAGAAGGCUGGGACUCUUCAUCCUGGAAAGGUGAUUUUUACGCAAGUGACUAGACCAGAACAGAUGGUUGGUUGAUCACAAUGACAAUUUUUUUAGGAGGCCAAGUGUUUCUGUGCUGGGAAAGGACUGAGUGAGAGACAAAUGCACUCCUAGUUGAGACAAACUCUUAACUUAAACAUGUGUGAGACAAUCUAAUGAAUUUAGGCUUAGGUCCUUCUGUGGAUUAAAGGAAGUAAAAUGUUAAUUAGGAUAUCUCAUAAUAUAUGAUCAUGCUCUUGUAAGUGUAGCAAGUCCUGACAAACUAUCAGCACCAGUAUCUCCUCCAGUCCCACCCUGGGUGAAAGAAAAACACCAGCUUGAUGCUAUUUCCAGACCAGGUGCCUUCACUUGCAGACAGUCAUUUCAGUUCCUCUCUCCUUUCUCCUGAGUGAGCACCUCCAGGAUGAUGGCAGAUGCCAGAUGAGUUAUCCUGUAAAACCCUGUGCUAGUGGCCUGUCUCUUUUUAAAUUUCCAGAGAGUGUAAAUACUUCUUUUAAGUCACGUUCUUUGUAUGGUUAUUUUUUUUUUAAAUUUCCUGUUUGGGCAGAUGUGCCAGAUAGGUCAGAGCUCUCCUCCAGGAAUGGCUGGGUAGCGCCACCAUCUCCUUCCCACUGCAUCCCUGUUUGAGAUUUCCUCCGGAUCUUUGCCCUUGCGGGUUGGAGUGGGCAAACUCUGACCUUUUCCACUAGGGUUAGUUUGACAAUCUGAAUUGUCAUGGAGAGGAUGGGAUGGGAUUUAGGGGUUCAUAUUUCCUUCCCAUCACCACAGGGUGUCACUCAGUCCCUACCACCGCUAGCCCCUAUUCCUGCAGGGAGGGCAAGAGAGGGGAGGGAGGGGCUUCUGGAGGAGCUGCCUGCAGAAAGGCUGGUGAGUCAGGUCAGUGUUUCCUAAUCCCAGUUUUGUGAGCUGGGUCAGAGUUUCCUAGUCUUGACUUCUGCAUCCCUAGGGAACGGCAGCGCAGUGAAUCCACACCCCUCUUGUCUUUUCUCUGCGGUUAAUGUCGCCUUGUAGGAAACUGAAUGUGGUGUGAUGAGCUUAAAGGGGGGGGUGUGGGGUGUGUGGCACAUUGCCUGGAAUUAGGAUGCUUCUCUCAGAAACCUGUAUAAUCUCUUUACUUCUUGCCUUUAGAGAAUAAAUAACUCUGUACUCACUGAAUGUCAUACUGAUGCUAGGGAUGAGCUCGCACACCACCUUGUUUAAGAAGUAUACAGAUAGCUAAUUACAUCAUCCAGAAUAAACAAACAGAAAAUAAUGAAUGAUAGUAAAAUAGAAAAGAACUGUCUUAAAAUUAUUGUAUGCAUUGGAGUCAUUCUUCCAUGUAGCUGUGGAUAUCCUAGAGCAUAUUAUAAUCAAAUGCAACGGACUGGGGUGUAAUAAUUCAGUGUAGUACUGUAGGCUCUCACAAACCCCAUAAGAUGUAUGUGUAAAGCACAAGAAAAUCUAGCUUAUAAACUUACUGUAAGGAACUAGGUGGAAAAGUUAGAGUGAAGAUUCUGAAAAGCACUUGCAAACUGCUCAGGAAAAUAAUUUCAAAAAUUGUUUUAAAAUUUCUGCCUAUUUAGUUGUAUAGUGCCAUGUAAAUUUAUUGACAGAGAAAUACUGCUGCAUUUGACUGUUGUAUGCCAGACUGUGUGGAAAUCCAAGGUCUUAAAGGUGUCUGAGUCUGAGUUUCUUGAAGAGAAGUGCAAAUACAAAAUGUGCUGUGCAUUGGAAACUCUCAGGAUUGUUGCAGCAGGGGCUUCCCCUCCUCACCAGCUCUCCUUGUUAGAAGAAACAAGUGGAAUGAGCUGGACAGAGAAUAAAAUAGUAUUACAAACAUCUUACUUGUUCCUGUGAAAUAAAAUCUGAAGUGGGUUAUUUGUAUAGGGCAGGUGAGUGGCAAACCACCCUCAUGGAAAGGGAUGGGAUGGAAGUUCUAGCUUGGGAUUGUUCUACAUGGUUAGUCUGAUUGGCAAAGGACUCUAUUGGAACUAGGUCACACAUCUAAUUUAUGCUUUAACAGCUACUUUUAUACAUUUAAUUCAGGCUGAUUUGUGUCUCUGAUCACAGGAGUCUUUUGGAACACAGUAGAAUAUUGCUUGGUACUCUAAUUAACACUUAGCACAAUAUAGUGCCUGUAAUAAUGUUUUUCGAUGCUAAUUAAUUUGAUUCAUGCACUACUCCUGUGAGGUUGGUUUGUCAUGUCUCAAAACCACUGUUUUCUAAAGAGAUAUUGGUAUUGCUGUAACUUUAUUAAUAAUACCCAGCAGAUAAUAAAGGAAGCCCUUGAUUUCCCAGCAAGAAUAACUUUAAAACAAAUUAUUUUAAAACUGAGAAAAUACUAUUACCAUUUUCUAGCGCUAGAUUUCAAAUCUCUUGAACUACAUUCAUGAUAUCUUACCAUUUUAUCCUUUAGAUGAAUCUAAAAUCCUGAUACAUGUGUAUUCAGAAACAUAGUUGCUUCUAUGCACAAGUGCUAGUUACACAUGCAUGCACACACACAUGCAGUAUUUUUACAUGUUAAUCAAAUUUAUUAGUAAAGACUUUGGGCAAGUUAUUUAACCUGUACAUGCCCCAGUUUCCCCACCUAUAAAAUGGGGCAGAUAGUAAUUACCUACCUCACAGGGGUAUUGUGAGGCGAAAUUAAUUACUGUUAGUUCAGGAUCAUCACAGUCAAAGAAUUUUGUGAGCAUAAAGUAUUAAUGGUUUCACUUUCUUUGUUUUACUUGUAAUUAUUACUGUUCUUAAAAGUAGUCUACUGAAACCAGCUGCAAUUAUGUAUAAAUUAAAAAAAAAAAAAGCAUAAUCCAAAAAAGGUACAUCACUGGUAAAAAAAAAUUUUAUUUAAACACUGUUAUUGGAACAUAUGGUUAUGUGGUAGCACUACAACAUUGGCUAUGAUUUUGCUGUUACACCGUAAUAUCUUCAACUUACCUUUCUUCAGUGUUAUUUGAUCAAAAACCAUAUAAAAAUGGGUACAGUGAUAUUUAUCAGCACUGAUAUUGAACUAUACUGAAACCAACAAAACUGGCAGUGCACUGGCCUCAUUGGCAUCCUUGUCCUUCUUAAACUCUGAUGUAUUUGCAGAUUCAAACACACCCUGUACUUUUCAGAGUGCUCCAAACAGUAUGAUCUGAAGGAUUCUAACAGAUCUGUCAAGAUUUACAGCUGUUACCUUUGCUUUCCCUUUUGACAUUGAAUGUUUUAUAUGGAUUCCGAAUGGUCCAUCCAUAUAAAGUACUCAGAAAUGCUCAAAGGACAUUUAAGGAAAAUCCACACAAUGUUAAUUAAUUUCUCAAAAGUAAAGCAAUAUAAACCAGUGUAUUUUUGUACUCUGUAGAAGAGGGUGGUGGAAAUGGCUGUGAAGAAAUAGAAGGUACCAGCCUGAGGCAAGAUGUUGUUAUCUCCAAUUCAAAUCCAAUUUCUUGGAAUUAUUUUAUGAUAUUCUUAUUGAAUUAUAUGCCUCUUGAUGAGUGUUCUUCUUUUGAUGACUGGUGUAAAGAGGAGUAAACUGUUUAUUCAUGUAAAGUAGAUGAUUGGUUAAGUUACUGUCCUCUAGACAAAUACAGAUCAGUCCUUUGCCAAUGGUAGUUCCUCGUGCAAAGCAGGUUUCAUAUGACAUGAUUAUCCUGGUUAGCUGUGUUUUAAGUCCAAGGAGACAUCCCUUUAGUGGGAAUGCUCUACUUACUGUAUGCUUUAUCUUUAAUAGAGGUCAAUAGAAUGGAUCUGCAGUAGUUUCCGUCCUCCUUACACAAACACAUGCUCAAAGAAAUGUUUGGGAAAAAGAAAAAAAGAAAAUAUUUAUAAGAAAUUAAAUACAUGCAUUGUUUGCAGUAACUUUUUGAUGAUGAACCACUGGUUCAUCAUCAAAGCUGAUAAGCUUUGAAUUUCUAGUGUUAUUUCAAGUCAAAUACAAUGUUGCUAAUUUGAUAGAAUCGAUGACAAUUUCAGUCAUAGAUUUUUCCUAUGUUUCCUAUAGAAGAAGUUUUGUAAUUUUUCACUAAUGAGACUUUGGAGGUGGGGGGGGAGAGAAACUAAGAAUUUUAUUUCAUUGCACGGUCCCUGUCAGUUGAAGUUAUUAUAGUUGUUUUAUUGUAUAUUGAUUGAUACCACUCUAUUGUUUCCAUCUUCAUUUUUUAUUUCAGCUUUUUAGACAAAAGUAAGUGCUCAUUUCUCUCAAAAUAUUGGCUUUCCACCAGGAAGAAAUUUAUAAGCAUUUACCUUUAUAAACAUUGAUUUUUAAGAUGCAAAAUUUGUUGUGUCUUAUAAGUCCAUCCAAAAAGCUGCUUCCCAGCUCAUUUUCUCUGUUCUAGUCCCAGCUGCACAUUGCUUCUACAACUUUCUUCAAGAGAGUGGCAUAUAGCCUAAUCAUACUAGUCUGAGAAAGUAUUUUUAAAACUUUCAUUAGAAUAUCAUUUAAUUGACUGUAAGUAGGUCUGCUCAGAUCGUUUUCUUAAUGUCGUUUGUAUUUUCAUGUUCCUUAUUUCCUUUCAGUAUCUCAGUAUUAACCCUUUCAGUGCCAUUUAAAUGCAUGUUUAUUCCUGUGAUGUUUUCACUUUUUUUUAGUCUAUAAUCAGCAAAGUGACAAAUAACUUAGACUCUCAGUUAGCUUUUGCAAUUUAUAGCCUAACCCUGCAGUCUUUGGGAAAUGUCAAGCUGUGCACUCUUAAUUUUUUAAUCUUCUAUCCCGUUAGCCCUUCUACCUGAUUGAUCACCUUGGCAGCAUUGCCUCCAAUUCUCUGUGUAACCUCAAGCUGGAGGGGGUGCAGAAGGGUUUCUCUGUGUCGAGGUGGACUAGAACAGUUCAUUUCCCAUGUCUGAAUGGGAACAUCAUGCAGACAAAGUUUUUAUUUUUCCCCUCUUUUCAAAUAUGUUGCAUAAGCAGAGAGGAUACUUACCAACAGGGAAAGAAGAACCUGUAAUGGUACUUCAGGCUGCUCUGAAGGCUAAAGAAUGCAUUCCUCUUUGAAUGUUUUUCCACUGAAACUGAUACAUACGGCAAGUUAGUUAUAUCAGUUUUAAUAUGUGAGAUCUCAUUUCCAUAAGUCUUCAUUCCCGUCCUUUUUCCUCCUGUUAAAUGGAGUAGCAGAUUACUUACAAUAUGAAUUGUGGAGCCAUGUAUGACUUUCAUUCUUUUGAUUCCUUUUUUUUCCUUAUGUGAAGCUUGUCAUCAUUAGAGUUUUCAGGUAGUUUAUGUGCUGGUAGCUGAGAUGAUCUUCUGUAAGACAGUAUCUAACACAAGAAAUGCUGGAAGGCUUAGAAAUAUAUACUCUAAAAUGAUAUAUGACAUAGCUGUGUGAACAAAAUCCUUAUCAAAGGGCUGUUAUGGUUUCUAUUAAAUACUUUUUAAUAGUAUCUCUAAAAAUACAUGUUCUUAAUUGCAAACUCUUUGUCUCUCUGUCCUUCCAGAUUGAUUUUCUUUUAGAAGUGACAUUUACUAGCCCUGACAAUAAGUAGAUUCUUCCUUUACACAAGUAAUUUUGCUUAAUAUUAUUUCCUUGCAACACCUGAAGGCAUUACACAAACUUCAGCUUUAUUGAUCAGACUUGAUUUCUGAGUUUCUGUAGAAUUUACAUCUUUACAAUGAUUACUUGCAAUACAGUAGACAUAAAGCCCUGUUGAGCAGCAAUAAGACGCAGCAGUACAUGGCACUGCUUAAAUAAUAUGCCUUUUUGGCACAUACUUUUAAUGGCGUAAUGAAUAUAUACCAGGAAGGCCAGGCGUUCCAAAUAACUUUCUUAGCCUGUCUUAUAUUUCUAUGUUAUUUGUUGCUAAUUUUAACCAGCUUUUGAUACUUAUAUUUAGUUCUUACUGACAGUGUCUGCUCUUGCAGAUCAAAGCGCAUGAAUUGGCUUAUUCACAUUUGCUUUAAAAAAGAAGUAUUAAUUCACACUGCUUAUUGAUUAAAACAGUUUAUAAAAGGAAAUCUUUCUGAAAUUGUGAAAAAGAUAUUUUUAACAAGGACAGCUCAUACAGAAAAACAGCUGGCUUAUAUCCAUGUGGCUUUUGAGAUAUUCUUGUUAUGGAUUAAGAAUAGACUGUGCAGAAGAAGACGUGUAACCCCAAACAUCAGUAACAUGCACGUGGACCAUUUUCAAAUGGUAAAACUAGACUAAAGGAGAAUAUUAUAAUACACCACCUGUAAGUCUCAGAUUCACAGCAGAGCAUUUAAAUGGUUAAUAUUACAGAAUAUCUUCGCAAACAAGAUAGUAAGGCAAUUGCCCAAUUCACUGGCUCCAUUUGCUUGUGAAUACACUCCUCUCUUUGGGGUUAAUCUUUUGAGAUGCUGAACUCUUCAGAGAAGUCCCUUGCAUUGUUUAAUUCUUCCAAUAUUUUGCUAAGUAACUGGUGACACUUUAUAGAAAAAAAAAAAUUCUUCUGUUUCUCCCCCCUUCUUCCCCCUCCUUUUGUAGUCCUUUUGUUCUUUUUCAUUAUUGCUGCUCUUUUUUGCUCUGCCUUGCCUGCCUUCUCUUCCUGAUCAGUUCUCUGCAGUCCACCUUUUCUUCCUUGCUUUUUGUUUUGCUUUAUGUUCUGUUUCUGUCUCUGUUUUUAUUUGGAUAUGCACCCUACUGUAUCCUGAGUGAUAGCAAGAAGAAUCAUGAUCUCUUCCCCCUCCUUGACUUUCCUCUGAGCCCUGCUGUAUUAUCUGGGUUGAUGAGGUUCCCUAUGAUUUGUCUCGCUGCAGUCCAUCCUUCCUCUUUCUUUCCCACUUUGGUAUCUUUUAAUACUUUCAGUUUUAAUUUUGGCUCUCAUUUUCUCUAAAUCUUUCUGGAACUCUUAUCCUUUGCCUUUCCAGAACUUCUCUCAGAUGUUUGUCCCAGAGAGCACAUGCUUCUAGUUUGAAAUGUGGAUGAGUGUUGUACUCCCUGAAGGAAUAAAUAACUAGUAUUUCCUGUCUCAUCAGUGUACAUAUUGACCUUGCCAUUGGUCUAUAGUGAAAUUAUAUAUUUAAUUGGCAGACAGCUAUAUCUAUUAUCUCCAAAAUGCCUUUUUCUUCCUCCUUUUGGGUUAUGGGGAUGAGACAUGGUGUUCGCAUGAGUUUCCUGGCUUGCUUUGCCAGCCCUGCGAUCUGGCAGGAAUUCCUGCAGAAUUGCAGGAAGGUUGGGCAGAGGCACCUUGCCAGACCACUGGGCUGCAUUUGUAUUUCAGUAUGGGAGAUGCUGAGGCCCAAGAUCAUGCACAGCCUUUUAGAGAAAUUGUUACAACCUCAAGCUGAAGAAAAGGUGAGGUAAAGAGGGUCCUUUGCUAAUAGAGAAUUGGGAGCAAUUUGACUCGACAGGUUGUGGAACGGGUCUGUAUGCAGCCUUUCCAAGAGACAGGAGCAAAUGACUUGCUUUCAAGUUCCAUAAAAUACAAGUUUAAGCGAAGUCAUCUAGUAGAUUUGGCAGAAUCAUCUUAUUGGAGGAACUUUGAGAAGUUAAUGGGAAUAAGAUAAUCGAAAACCUCAGCAGUAUCUUUGAAGGGUAGGGUCUGUGUUAGAGAGGGAGUGUAUGUAAGAGAGAUGGGGGAGGGAGGGAGGGGAACACGGGACUAAAUAGGACAAGGAAAAGCAGGGAGAAAGUGUUACCAGUGUGUAUGAUUUUACCAUGAGUUUUUGGUUUUGUUUUGUGCAAGCCUUGAAGCUUACUUUAAUUUGUAAUGGCAACUGUUUGCAGGGUUUUUUUGAUGCAUAGAGACUUUAAACCAUGAGUAUAAAUUGAUGCAGUGCUAGGAAUAUGUGAAAUUAUCACCACUUCUACGUAUAAUUUAAGACAGAUCUGACUCGCAGCAACAUCUCACCUGGGGCGCAUGGAAAAGAGGUUGCUUCCCAGGAGCCAGGUUGCUUUUAUGUGUCCUCCAGAGGUAGCUCCAAUGUAGGUUUACUUCUGGGAGGACUGUGGGUCAUUUGCUAAUGGUGUUCUCCCCUAGCACAGCACUGAGCUAGAAGGCAAGGGAGGAAAAUUACUUUAUAGAGUCUCUGUCUUGGAUUUAUACUGCUUAAAUGUGAUUUGCUAGAAUACCUCCAUGAGCUGUAAUUUUAUAAUAUUUAGAGAAGAUGAAUGGAGUUGGUAUAGUAUUCCUGAGGGUAACCACCAGCAACUGGAGUUUACUGAACAUGUGACUAGAAAUUUUAAUUUUAGGAACAGAGAGUUCCUCCAUUUCAUAUACACACCAGGCCUUUGAGUACAGCUCCUUUUUUUCAUCUGUCACUGACAAGCUGUGAUUUAUUUCCUCCUGAGUGUAAAGUCAUGGAUUGUGCUUGCUGCAGUGCAGAAGGCUCUGGAGGGAAAACAUAAUCAAAUGGAGAAGUAUUCUUGAAUUCUCUCUUGAUCCCAGUCUAUUCUGAGUUGCUUUUCUCUGACUGUCAUUCUGCCAAUAAGCUGGGUUGAUGUCAAAAGGGGAUUAACUAAUUUUCAUCGUUUUCUGUGUGGCUGAGGAAAAAUAAAUACAAGAAGUUUGCAGCAGGAUAGCAGAUGGAAGAGGUGGGGAACUGGAUCAUCUGGCAGAGUGCUUUGGAAAGCUUCCACUUUUGUGCUUUACUUACCACUUAUUUUUACAAAUAUGUACACCUCCUAUGAUUUACUUUUCCAUUAAACUUCGAUAGGUUUCUUUGCAGAAGGUGGUUUUAAAGAAAAUCACCCUAGUGCAUUGCAAGUGUGGUUUUAGGAGACAUCAAGUCCCUUUCUCACCUAAAUGAAAUUAUCUUAGUAUCAUUGCUCUGUAUUUAUGAAGCUGCACUAGGACUAUCAGUCCAUCCUAGACUGGAGGAAUAUUUUGAGAGAUAAUGCAAGUUGGAAUGGGAAAAUUUUCCAUUUUAAGAGUAAAGGAUGAAAAAUGGCUUAUUUACAGUACAUCUGUGGCUGUUUCAGCACAGGUGGGUCCAAAAUCUCUCAAUCCAGACUUGGACAAAUAAAUAUAGAUUUUGCUGGCAUUACCCAUGUGAACAAAAGGAGAAAAAAAUGGUAAUUAAACCAAGCCCAAAAUCAUAUUUUUUUUUGCUAAUUAGAGCUAUAGCUUUUUGUAAAUAUUUGAGAGCAAAUAAAAUAAAAGCUAGACAUAUGUCCUGUGAAGAUCCACAAAGCAUUUCUUGCUACCCUGUUGUUAAUGUGGAACAUAAUUUAUUUAGCAUUGCAGGGCCAAAUUCUACCCUAAUUUAUGACCAAACAGUUCCAUGGACUUUGUCAUUUCAGCUUUGUGUUACAGAAGAAUUUCACCCGCAGUGAAUUUGAAAUGCAGCUGCAGGUUAAAAUCAGUCAUCUUCCCACUGCACCCGUACUCACACAGGUGACCAACGGAUUUUCUUUGUAAUUCUUAUUCCCACGGUUAGCACAAGAGUACUUUGGAUAGAUGUAAGCUAAUUACAACUAAGGUAGAACUUGUUUUUUUUAAUACUUGUGACUGCUUGAUCAGCAAAUGCUUAACAGUGUAUCUAACUGGAUUUCUGACAAAGGGGCUCUUCCAAUCCAUGUAAAGGCUCUUAGCAGUCAUCAGUAUCUUACAGUCCAUACCUUUAACAUACAUGACUACACAGUCCUCUCCUUCUGCCUUUGCACAUUCUAAUAUUUGUGAAAACAGAACAUGCCUUCUCCUAAUUUUGUUUCAGGUGACCUUGACUUUAAGCAGGUUUCUUUGUAUACAGUAUCAGGGCUCAAGGGAAGAAUGAAAUUAAUCCAUAACUGGUGCAUUGUCAUAAAUGGGGAAAAGUGUUAUUUGUAUAUUUUUGUAAAUAUGUAACAUUUAAUGGCAGUUUUGUAGUGACGUGCUGUUUUUGAGAAAAAGAAACAAAUAUAUGUUUGAAUAUGCUUGACGUAACACUUAACUGUGAUUCAAUUGCACAAGUAAUAGCUUAAUCAAAAAGUCUUGUGCAAUAUGUAGUGCACACACAUAACCGAGUAUCUGUUAGUGAUCCACUACCGACUUUUUGGCAACUUUUAACAAUGGUGAUGAACUGUGCAGUACAGAUUAUCACGGUCUCUUUCAGCUUCCAAACAUGUAGCAGGCAAACUACUGUAUACGUACCUGUGUACUCCACUGCAUCCAAAGGUAUGCAUUUGUCCUGAGAACCUGCACUCCAGGUUUUUCUUUAAUAAAAUUUGGUUCUAAACUA